UUGGAGUCGGGAUAAAGCGAUUGAGGAGGCGGCUGUAAGGAAGUUUUGGCAAGUAGGAGGUUGGGGGACAAAUGAGCUAAAAUGACCGACACAGAAGUGCAAGGCGCUCCUAUGUCAGCCCCAGCGACCGGACCGGUUCAGCCAGAGCGGAAAGUGAUUGCUACUUUGGUGCAAGGAACUGUGAAAUGGUUUAAUGUACGGAAUGGAUAUGGCUUCAUCAACAGGAAUGACACCAAAGAAGAUGUGUUUGUACAUCAGACUGCCAUUAAGAAAAACAACCCUAGAAAAUUCCUCAGGAGUGUAGGGGAUGGGGAGAUUGUGGAGUUUGAUGUUGUUGAAGCAGCCAAGGGCUCAGAAGCUGCUAAUGUGACAGGUCCAGGUGGGGUUCCAGUUAAAGGCAGCCGUUAUGCCCCAAACAAACGCAGGUUCCGCAGGCGCUUUUUUCCACGUCCUGCACAGCCAGGACAGGAUGAUGGGAAAACUGGUGAUUCUUCUGCUGGCCCAACUUCUGAGGGGGAAGGACAAAAUGGAGCUCCACAACAACGGCGUCGCCGUCAGCGCAGGAGACCAGACGCACAGUCACAAACUGAGGGAGAAUCAGCGGGUGAGCAGAAGGAGGUAGCAGAUGGUAGCCAGCAGAGACCACCACCACGCAGGUUCAGACCUCGAUACCGCAGACCGUUCCGUCCUCGUCAACCUCCUGGAGACAUUCAGACGGCCACUCCUGCUGAGGGCCAGAAGGAAACUACCAAAGAAGGUCCGAGCAACGGAGAGCAGGCAGAUGGGCAAGCUCAGAAAACACGCAGACAGUUCAGCCGUCGUAGACAAAGGAAUUCUGACUCUACGACCUCAAAAGAUGGUGCAGAUAAAUCUGACAAAACAGAGGUUGGCACACCCGCUACACCUUCUAAGCCAGCUGAUGCCAAAGCCUCCCCAAAAACCUCACCAAAGCAAUCCCAGAAAGCUUCACCAAAAGCAGCUGAGGCUCCUGAUACCAUGCCUGCGGUGUGACUUCCAUGACCUGGAACGACUCUAUUGACCCCGGCAAGAGGCCUCUGGAUGAGAUGAGGUGGUGUUCCAGCAAACCCACAACUGAUGUCCAUACCUCUUGCCUGAACUCUUUAGUGUGGACCCUUCAUUUGUUGAGUGAGAGGGAAGAGAAGUGACGAGUAUAUUUUGGACUUUAAUAUCUUAGGGGGAUCAAAAAAAGAGAAUUGCUCAGAAGGCCCUAUAUAUUUGCAUUGUCUCCCUUUGAAUUCAGUGAUUAUGGGUGUGAGCAACAGAAAUGAGAACCAGUUUGGCCCUUUAAGUUUGGGGGAAAAACUAUGAACAUGUGUAGAGUAUGCCUCCAUUCCCUUACUAAUUGGGGGGGAAGCAAUAGGCCUAUUCAUAAAAUAUUCAAACUGGUGUUUUGUUUUGUUUUUGUUUUUUCUGAUUUGGAUUUCUUUGUAAGGGAUUAUGUGCAAUUUCAUUAAAGUGAAAUAUCUAUAAAACUA